AGAGCGGGAACCUAGCGGGAGAAAGAGGGAACGUAGUGGGGGAGGGAUCAGCUGUAGCCCAGCAUUGCAGCAGGAACAACAUGUCAAUCACUACUGGUAACCAUAGCUCAGUUGCCCUGAUCAGCACAAACAACAACGUAAACAGCAGCUUCAAACACAACUCUGGAAGCAACAACAGUAUGAACAACAGCUUCAGAUGCAACCCUGAAACCAACAACAACUUCAAAAUUGAGAGUGGAGCUGUCAACCCCUCAGUCCAUCAUAGCAUGCUCAAAAGUACAUCAACUAAUCAUAAUGGAACAAAUCACACAACAGCCAAUCACAGUGGAGCUAGCAUCACUUCAGCCAAUCACAGCUCUAGGAGCAGUCCUCCCAGUAGGAAGACAGCCACCUUUAAAGCCAGAGUGCCUAAGAAGAAGUUCAUGUUUAAGCACUGCACAGCUAACGUCUCCGUCCCUGGCCAGUGCCCUACCUCCAGCCCCAUCAUUAACACUAACCCAACCCUUAGCACUAAGGCUAGCUUUAGCCCAAAUCCUAACCCUAAUGUCAACAUUACAGCUAAACCUACCUGUAACGGUAAGGCUAGCCCUACCUCUAUCCCCAACUUUAACUCAACUAAUGCUAAGGCUAGUUCUAGCUGCCACCCCGAUCUUAUUGGCAUCAUUAACACUAAUCCCAUGUGUAAUGCUAAGGAUAGCCCUAGUUCCAACGCCAAACUGGACACAAACAUUGAUGCUAAUGUUCUCUAUAAUGCUAAUUGUAGCCCUACCUCUAAUCCAAAUCCCAGUCUUACCACAGCACAACACAUUAAUGUUAAACUAACCUUUAAUAUGAAGGCUUCUCCUACCUCUAAGCUUAACCCUACCUCCAGGCACAACCCCAGUGCUAGUGCUACCAUCACUUCUACAGCUAGCAGCAGCGCUAAUGCUUACUGUACACCACCCGCCAGUGUUAACGAUAACAUCACUUCUAUAGCUAGCAGCAGUGCUAAUGCUAACUGUAUUCCACACAUCGCUGGGUUUGAGGGCACUAGUGGCUGCAGAGAGAGCAGGACUCACACUAAAAAACACUCAAACUCUUACCAAGAAACACAAGCACACACACACAUAUACUUUGACCAGGAAAUGCAAACACACACACACACAACCUCUGCCAGUGCAGACACACACGCUUUGGGUCUGGACGGGCGGAGGGUGCUGAAGGCCUGCAGAGCGUGGGAGGGGGGGAAGGUGCGAGGGUCGGAGCAGGUGCAGCUGAGCAACGACAGCACAACUCUUCAGGUGCACUGCCUGACCCCACCACCAGGGGGAAGCCCUGAGGUCACUCUGGAUGCCCCUCUGUCCAGCAGCACAGUAAGGCCCCUGGCGACGCGAGUGUGUGCUCCUCAUGGAGAGCGGGAAAGGAGGGAUGGCGGGAAUGCGCCUGCGCCUGAGGAGGACAUGGAGGUGCUACGUCUGAACCUGGGACCUCUGGAGGGCAGAGGUGGGCGCAGGGUUUCCCCUAACCCAGCAGGGGCAUCCCUGCACACACACCUCCUUUCCAAACCCCCCGACUACCCUAGUCCACCCCCAGGUGCACCUCUGGGCCCUCCCCCUACCCAGCCACCACCCCAGCGCUCGCCUGCAACGCCCUUCUUUACCCCGUCUUGCACCCCAACACCCAGCUCCUGCACCCCAACACCCAGCUCCGGCACCCCAACCCCCAGCUCCAGGGCAUCAUCUGUCCCCCCGUCUUGCACUCCGACGCCCCCUUCAGGUCCAUCUCCGCGCUCGCGCACGCCUGCAUCGGGGACAGCGAGAGCUUUGGAGCAGCAGCGCUACCGUAAGGGUGACGUGGUGGUGACCCCUGCCGGCGUGCGGAAGAAGUUCAACGGAAAGCAGUGGCGGCGGCUGUGCUCCCAGGACCGCUGUCUUCGCGAGUCCCAGCGCCGUGGAUACUGCUCCCGCCACCUGUCCCAGCGCACGCGCGAGGUCGAAGGUCGCGCAGGGGUCAGCUCCGGUUCGGGGGCCGCCACACCGUCGGAGAGCAAGGGCGGCAGAGUGAGCAGCGAGCUGGACUGGGAAGAGACGUCAUCGUCACGCGACAGCAGCGAGGGGCGCCGGACGCUGCUGCUGCCUCAGGAUUGGUCUGCGCGGUUCGACAUGGAGGAGUGUGAGGCGGCCAGCAUGUUGGUGUCACUCGGCAGCGGGUCCCGGUCAGCCACCCCCUCCUUCUCACCCGUGUCCAAUCAGUCGCUCUCGCCUGCGCCCUCACCCCUCUUUGGAUUCCGGCCCGCCCACUUCAGCCCCAUCACGCCAGCUCCUCCACCCGCACGUCGCCCCCGGCAACCCAGUGCCCCCCCCAGACCCACUGCAGACCAUGACCGCCGCCCCUCUGCUAGCCACACCCCCCUCCAGAACCUCAACCUUCCCAGCAGCCCCCACAGGGAGCCUCAAUUCACCCCCCACGCCCCGCCCAGCCCCACCCCCUCGCCCCUCUCAGACUCCGCCUCCAGGCAAGGUCCUCCAGCUUCCCAUCAGGCCGUACGGGACUCUCCCGUGAGUGUCCGGAACUCUGAGACCCCGUUGGUCAACUUCACAGAGCAUCUGCUGUUCUGCCCAGACCCCACCCCUGACUCCUCCCAUUCAGAUGGUAGCCACACCUUCCCUCAGCAGGGAUUGGGCCAGCUGCAGGUGCCUGUGCCAAUCAACGCUGCUGAUGCAGCCAAAGGGGCGGUUCUUAUCCGAAGCCCUGCCCCAACCCUUGUGCUGGUUUCCUCUCCGUCUCUGCCAUUCUCCGCCUCUUCAGACUUGACCCCCCAAUCAGGCACCACACUUGCUUGCAUUUCCGUGACACCAGCCAAUCAGGGAGUGCUGCAGCAACCGGUGCCGUGCCACCCCGCCCCCACCGCCCUGCUGCCCCUCCUACUGCCUGCCCCCCGCAAACACCUCGUCAUGGGCCGCCCUGGAACAGUGUGGACCAACGUGGAGCCCCGGUCAGUGCCAGUGUUUCCAUGGCAUUCGUUGGUCCCCUUCCUGGCCCCCACCCAACCAGAGCCAGCGUCUCAGCCGGGGGAGGGACAACAGCCUGUCAAUCAGCUGCAGGCCGCCAGCCUGAAGAAAGAGUUUCAGGGCGGGGUUGUUCAGCUGAAGGAGAGCAGCGAUGGUGCUCCUCAGACCACCACCCCCGUGGAGCCCCAGAACCCCGACCCCCGCGAGCGGGACCGGGACGGCGAGCGCGAGAGACCUGACAGCGAGACCGAGAGCGAUGUGGAUGACCCGUUCUUCCCGGGGGUCAUGCCAGACCCCCCCAUGUCUGUGUCCCCGGUGAAGAGGAGGACACAGUCCCUCAGCGCCCUGCCCAAAGAUGGGGACAAAAACAGCCCAGGGAAGAGGGAGAAAGACCACAUCCGCAGGCCGAUGAAUGCCUUCAUGAUCUUCAGUAAGCGGCACCGGGCGCUCGUGCACCAGCGGCACCCCAACCAGGACAACCGCACCGUCAGCAAGAUCCUGGGCGAGUGGUGGUACGCGCUUGGCCCCAAGGAGAAACAGAAGUACCACGACCUAGCCUUUCAGGUUAAGGAGGCCCACUUUAAGGCGCACCCCGACUGGAAGUGGUGCAACAAAGACAGGAAGAAGUCCAGCUCCGAGGGGCGUGGCUUGGGCGGGGCCAAAGACGUCAGGGAGAGGAGCAUGUCCGAGACCACCGAGCCUCCAUCUGUCUCACUGGGAAUGGACCUGAAAGGGGUGGGGUCUGGGAUGGUGGGUGUGGCCGAUCGUACUGGAGGGGAGGGGCCUGUAAGUCAGCUGACCCGCCCUCGUGCUUUUUCCCAGAGUGCUGUGCACACCCUGGAACGCAGUGAGCGGGGAAACACACAGGCCCUGGCUGAACUGGCACAGAUGUGUGCUGAUGGGGGUCCCCAGCUGUCGGGGCGACUGGGUCCCCUCUCUCGUUCCCAGCGUGGGGUCAGUGAGGACAUGACCAGCGACGAGGAGCGCAUGGUCAUCUGUGAGGAGGAGGGCGACGACGACGUCAUCGAGGAUCCGUACCCUGCCAGUUCUAUAGACCUGAAGUGUAAGGAGCGGGUCACAGACAGCGACAGUGAGAAUGGAUCAGGAGAUGAAGGAGAACGCAAGAGGGUGUUUGCUGGUGUGAUCUGCUCCUCCUCCUCCACCCAUCAUGGGCGAAGCAUUUCUCUCUCUGCCUACCCUUCGCGGCGCUAUGGCGACGGAGAGGCAGUGAGCGCAGAGCGGAAGAGGAAGAGAGGAGCAGAGGGAGGAGAGAGAGAGCGGAAGGAGGGAUGCACCGACGGAGGAGAGGAAGGGGGUGGGGCCAUGCUAUUCCCUGGGGCUGGGCCUGUGAGUUUGGGGGUCUGUCUGCCGUCACGGGGGGCAUCAACCGUGGUGACGAGCGUUGUGCGUCCAGUAGUCAGCACCCCCAAAGCCCCUCCUACCACACAGUUCCUUAUUGGACCAGCAUCUGGGGGGGGAGGAGCUGGGUACUCCUCCUCCUCAUCGACCAAUCCCAUGGCUGCGGGGGCGGUCCCUGGAGGACUGGUGACCAAUCUGGUGGUGGGAGGGCCCUUUUCAUCUCAGCCUGCUGUGCAGCUCAUAAACUCCUCCCUUCAGGGCUCCGCCCACUCCCAGAAUAACGGCCCCGCCCCUCUGUCCCUUCUGCCGGCCUCUCUGGUUCCCUCUGCUGCAGGAAAAGCGCUGGUGCAGGCUUCUCUGGCGCCCCCUGCCUUCACGCAGACGCUGGCGCAGGCCUCUCUAGCGCCCCCUGCUCUCACGCAGGUGCAGUACAUCCUCCCCACUCUACCCACCUCCAACCCCAAGAGCCCCUCCCCUCAGCUGCCCGUCCAGCCAACCAGCGUCUUCACCCUGCCCUCAGCCCCGCCCACACACGUUUCACUGGCCAAUGGAAAACAGGCAGCGGUGGCACCAUUGACGGGAUAUGCCUCUAGUCCUGCAGUGGGAAUGGUCAGCCCUGGGACAGGAGUGCAAACACAAUCACAAGUCUUGCAGGGCAAGAUGAUUGUUCCCAUGGCGACAGUGAGGACAGCACAGGCCUCUUCUCAACCCUCAUUUCCUGUAGUGGCUCCUCCUCUUCCUGUCCAGAACGGAGGUCAAACAGGAAGUAAGAUCAUCCAGAUCGCUCCCAUGCCUGUCGUCCAAUCGCAGCUUUCCACAGGAGGAGCAAUGCAUUCUGGGAGCCCGUUCCCCAUUUCCAUGGCAACUGCCGCAGUGGUCACCCCAGGGUCCACCCCCUCUCAGGCAGUGCUACUGCCGCCCCCUCCAACAAGGAUUACUUAUGUUCAGUCCACACCAGGCAUCCCGUCUCCUUUGCCUCUGGUAUCCACGACAACAGGCUCCACCCAGUCAACCCCACCCCCUUCUGGAUCUGCAUAUGUGACAUCGCCCCUGGCAACGCUGGGCUUCACUGCUAUCGGCCCACCUGGUCAAACACCAGGUCAGCCUUCUUUGCUGGCUCCUGCCCCGUCCUCCAAUUGCCCCUCUGUUCAUGGCCCUCCCUCGGGAGCUGGGGGGCAGAUUGUCACCGCCAUCUACCCUCCCACCAGCGUCACCCUAGCAACGGGGGUGGUUUCCGUGGCCACGGUGGCCCCCCCUAGCGUGGUGUACACGGUGUCCGGUCCCUCCAGCAUGUCCCCCCACAUCCUGCCCAAACACACACCACCCCCCUCCCUCACACACACUCACACACACACACAUACGCUGCCACAGACUGAGCGACACGCACAGCUCAGCCUGGACAGAGCGUCAGAGUCCCACCCCCAGCAGGCCGACAGGCAGGCCGACUCCUGCUCCCCCCAGGCCGACAGGUCCUCCCUCCCCCAGCCCUUGGCCUCCAGUAAGGCUCCAGCCAGCUCGCAGGCGCCCCACUCUGUAGCGCCACAGCGGCCCCCCAGUCCCCCAGCACCCCCACACACAGGCAGUGCAUCGGGCACCCCGAAGCUGGUGUCUCACCCUGUGAGGACCCCUCAGAAGGUGAAGGCCACAGUGGCGUCCAUCCCGGUGGGAAGUUAUGAGGCUGGCAGCCGGGGGAAGGAGAGAGAGAAGGAGAGGGAGAAGGAGAGAGAGAGGGAGAAGGAGAGAGAGAGGGAGAGGGAGAAGGAAAAGGAGAGGGAGAGAGAGAAGGAGAGAGAGGAGAGGGAGCGAGAGAGCGCGUCCCGGUUCUCAUUCGAGAUGGACCACCCUGCUGAGUUGGGCAGCUCUCCGACCAGACCAGUGGAGGAGGGGUCCUCACAGGCACACAGCGCAGGCGACGCCCCGGACACCUCAGGCCGCAAAGAGGCCUCCACCAAAGAGGCUGAGUGGAAAGACUCACACCCCUUGUCUCCUUUGCCACCCCCCGCUCAGGGGGAGAAAGAUGCCCUCCCAGCCAAGAAGGUCAAAGCACGACCCCCACCCCUCAAGCGCACCUUUGACUCUGUCGACAAGGUUCUGUCGGAGGUGUACUUUGAGGAGCGAUUUGCUGAGCUGCCGGAGUUCCGUCCAGACGAGGUUCUACCUUCGCCGACUCUGCAGAGCCUGGCCACCUCCCCCCGUGCCAUCCUGGGCAGCUACCGCCGCAAGCGCAAGAACUCCACCGAUCUGGAUUCGUCCACGGAGGAUCCGGUUUCUCCAAAGCGGAAGAGUCGCCGGCGUUCCAGCUGCAGCUCUGAACCCAACACGCCUAAGAGCGCCGCCAAAUGUGAAGGAGACAUCUUCACCUUCGAGAGGCCAGGUGCGGAAGGCGAAGACCUUCUGGCGGAGCUGGAGUUUGAGAAGGUGCCGUACUCCUCUCUGCGGCGGACGCUGGACCAGCGCCGGGCCCUGGUCAUGCAGCUCUUUCAGGAGCAUGGAUUCUUCCCCUCCGCCCAGGCCACUGCGGCAUUCCAGGGCCGCUACUCGGACAUCUUCCCCACUAAGGUGUGUCUGCAGCUGAAGAUACGGGAGGUGCGGCAGAAGAUCAUGCAGACCGCCACCCCCUCUGAGACGAUUGGCCAGCUCUCCUCUGAUCCCGCGUCCCAGCCCGGCCCCUCUGGCAUGCAGGCCAAUGAGGGCACAGCAGGGGGGGAGCUCCUGUCGGAGCAGGAACAGGAAGUGGAGCAGAACAGCUCGGAGGAGUCCAGGGCUGCGGCCGACGCGCAGGACGCUACCAGAUGAGUUUGAUGGACACACUGCUCAUCCAGUCAGCAGCCUCUCUUUAUUCAGUCUGUGAGAGGGGCGGGGCCGAUGUGUCCAGGGCUCCUCGCUGGACCAACCGGAGUGUCCCACCGGUCACAUGCACAUGUAUGACACACACACACACACACACCCCUCCCUGUACACAUACCUACACACACACACACAGUACAAAUAUACACACACACACACACCUCCUGUACACAUACCUACACACACACAGUACACAUUUAUACACACACCUGUAGACAUACACACACCUAUACACGUAUAUACACACACCUACAUACAUACACACACACACACACACCAGUUGUCUAUACCUGUGUAUGGUUGGUGUAGGCAGUCUUAAAUACUCACACUUGAAUUGAACUAGUACACUGUUACUUUUACUUUACAUGAAGCUUCCAUAAUUGCCAGUGGACGGCGGACAGUGGGACUGACCAGUAAGAAUCUGCCAUACGGACAGAGCCCUCCCCCUGUGGCCGCUAGGUCAUCGUGGAUUGGCUUCUGCAUUUAUUUAAGAAGCCAACCAAUUCUGCUGCUUUAAACAAUCAAAGACAUUUUGUAAUUGGUCCAAUGUUGGCUGGGGAGGAGGAGCUUUGGCUAAUGCUGGUGACGGGAUUGGCUGAUUGGCUCUGCCGGACCGUGAGGGGCUGGGCCCCCAUUGGCUGAGCGUUUGGAAGGUUUACCUUGUUGUUCUUCUGUUUGUUGUUUUCUUCUCACUCUCUGUUGUCAUGGAGACGAGAUGUGUGCACUGAAGCGCUGGAGUGUUCUGCCUUCACCAUGGCAACUCCAAAUCAACAUGUCCAUUCCAGUGUUGUUGCCAUGGAACCUACAGCCAGAGCGGUCCCCUUCCGUGAUUGGCUGAAACUCCAUCCAUGAAGGAAGGGGGCGGAGAGAGGGCGGAGCAAGGCCACGCCUGUCUUCUGAUUGGACAGAUUUGUAUGAUUAUGUUUUUAUAAGCCGCCAGGCAUCUGUACCUUUUUUUAUUUGAUUUUAAGCCGAAGAAGUCCGUCGUUGUGUUUUUAAAGCGGUUGAUUUGAAACGCCGUUCUGUAUGACCCUUGUGUGUCUGUAGGAUAACUGCUCUCUCUGACUCCUCCCCAUCUGUGCUGUCAUGGUCCUGACCCCACCUACCUGCCUUCAUUUUUUUUCAUCUCUUUUUGUUUCUGUCCAAUUUGAGGUCCAUUCAACUCCCAUCCCCCCCUUCAAAGGACCAGAGAGUGACUGCAGCAAGAUAUAGCCCCUCUAUGACUCCUCCCCCUCUCCUACCCCCUAUAUGACUCCUCCCCCUCACUCUCCUCUGUUCACCUCCACCUCCUCUCCUCUUUUCCUUGCUUGCUCUUCUCCUGUGUCUUCUCCUCCUCUCCUCUCCUCUCUCUCCUCCUCUCCAUCCAGUGGUUCUCUCCUCCCCUGGGCCGUAGUGUCCGGUCGUGUCGUCAUGGGAGACAUGGUGGUUCUGUUGUACAUACUUACUGUAGAGCCCGGAGACUCUUGUGUUGAGGGGACAAACAAACGCUUUGUUGAAUAUUAAAGUGACCAUUGGCGGCCGUGCAGCUGUAAACUGGAGGUUUAAGUAAUAAAUAAAUAUGAAUAUUCAUAAAUAAAUAUGAAUAUUAAUAAAUAAAUAUAAAUGAAUAUUAACUCUUUGUGUUACUCCUUGUUUUACCAGUAAAGUAUGCAAGACAGACAUUUCUAUCAGUAACUGCUACAUUUGUAUCUGUAACUUUCAGUAUACAAAUAAAUUAGACGUUCCAGUCAAUGAC